UCGGGUUUCUCUGUCCCUCUUCUACUUCACGCGGGAGUAUAUCUCUCACGCUCAGAUGAUGGAGAGCGAGAAAGAGAGAGAAGCGUGCAAUAAAACAAAACAAAACAGGCGUUGGUCUAGUCAUUCGUGAUCCGACAGUCACCGGGUUUGGGUGCUCGUGUUUUGUGUGUGCGCUAUAGCCACAGUCCCGCGACGGGAUGACUACUGCGAAAUGGUUUUAUUUACACUCAACAAGUUUGAUGUUGUGUACGUUCAAUAAUUUUUGAGAUUUAAUCAUUCCGAGUAUACCAACAAAGUGUCGAAUUUUGCGAGUACAUGACUUUGUCCAGUGUUAUCAGUGUGUCUAGUUGACAAAAUCAAAACAAAGAUGACGAAUUGUUCUGUGCUUUUCAUUUCAACGGCGAUUGUGAUCGCUAUUUUCGGUCAAACAAGAGCUGCAGUCAUCCCGCCGGAAUGGGCGGAUGUUCGCAUCAAUCCGUGUGCCAAGGCUUCGUGGCAGUAUUUGUACUGGAAAUCAGACGGGAAAUGCUACCCGAUAUUCAAGCAAGGAUAUCCAUGUCCCGCCACUUUAGAGCUGGUCUUUGAUUCGUCAACCAAAGAGGCUAAAUGUCAGUGCCCGUCUGGCCGGCUCUAUUGGGAAGAAGAUGGACGAUGUUACGAGCCUUUCACUCCAGGCCCUUGUCCCGAAGGUAGUUUCCUUCACCCCGGCCAAGAAGUUCAGUCACGUGGAAUGCAGCGACAAGAUCCACUCCGUCGGACGCUUCAUCAAGUACAGGCUUGGCUGGGUCAACAAUACGAGCCCAGCAAAGUGGAACCUCUUGGUUUCGUUCACUGCAAGCAGCGUGGCUACUGCCCGGCCAAUUGGGGAUUCUGGUCGGCAACGGAACUUUGCUAUCCAUUCGACAGCCAAGGACCUUGUCAGAGCGGCUCUCUCUUCCGCUGGAACGUCGUCAGUCAACAGGCGGAAUGCGGAUGCCAAUCGGCAAUCAUUUACCAGUCUUCAGUCAAAAACGACACUUUGGCCGGCAGUUCAUGGCGUCCGUAUUUUUGGCCCAUCAGCGCCACAUGUCACGAACACCACACAAAUGGUCCGUGUAAGUUGGGCGAAGUCUUCGGUUACAAUCAGUCAGCCCAGGCGACACAGUGCUCUUGUUCCAAGCAGUUGCCUAGUUAUCAUGCGGAAUCAGGGCAGUGCUUUGAAAAAUACACACGAGGUCCAUGCAGCGUUGGCAUGUGGUUGACAUCUCACCCGCUGGAUUUACCACAAUACUCCAUGCCGGCAUCUGCUCGUCCUACUCAGUCGUCUCGUUUGAAGGGCUCCAAAGCACGAAAAGUGUAUCCGAACACGCAACCGGUUGCCAACAAUCGGCGGAAUUCCGUCAAACAAAGUCUUUCUUGUUACUGCCUUCCGGGAUUUGUUUACAGCGAAGAAGACGAUCAAUGCUUCCGGGAAUACACUCAGGGGCCUUGCCGCUCCGGUUAUUUUUUCAUCCGCAGCGAAGAGGGCGACAUCAGAUCCUACGGCAUUUGCUGGAAAAAUCCCUGCGCUCGGCAAGAGCUUUAUUUGCCGGAAUCCCAGCGUUGCUACGGAAUCCAUACCCAGGGGCAUUGUCUGGAUGGGCAAAUCAUUUUGGCCGAUGAUGCUCACGGAAUCGGAUAUCGGGGUCGUUGCGGUUGUUCUACCACUAAUCUUCAGCACUACUGGCCGGCGGACGGAAAAUGCUACGCUCACGAAACUUCCGGACCAUGCGAGGGAGAUCUUCUUUUCAGUUUGCGAUCCGGCGAUGGAUUGACACCUGCUUGCACUUGCCCGGAAGACUACGUCAGUUACAACGGCACAGUUCAGUGUUUCAAGCCAUUCAGUCAGGGCCCGUGUCAGUGGAAUGAAUGGUUAGUGCCCGCGGCAGCGGCGAGUGGAGUCGGAACCAAUGACGUCAGUUCCGUCAACGACAAUCGACUGGACUUUGAACCUUAUGUGUGUCAGUGUAAGCCCGGCUAUGAAUACCAAAUGGGAUCAACUUACUGUCAGCCGCCUAGUUUAGAGUUGCUAUUUUCGUUGCCAAAAACCAAAAAUGGGCCAUCUCGACGAUUCAAACGAGAAUGAAACGGUGGAAUGUGUAUCUUCAGUUAAUGCUUUCGGACACUGAAAAAAAAAAAGGGGAAAAUGGACGAUCGCGUUUUAAGGCCGUUAAUACAACCCAAGCACGCAUCAAGUAAAUUUAAAAUAAAAAAUAAAAUAAAAAAAUCAAUCAAUCACAAAGUUUCGAGUCCCGUUCCGUCUCUUCGACAUUCUGCAAUCCGGAACUAUAGUGUAGGAGGAGUAGGACGAGAGCCUGUCGCCUUGCUUCGCACAAGUCCACUUCUUUCUCCAGUUUCUGUCUUUCGUCGCCGGACCAAGGAGUUCCAUCGGGUCGAUCCAAACGAGCGGCCAACUCGUAGCGACGGAGAAUUUCCAUUUCGGUCGCCGAUUCGAGUCUCUGAAGCUGUGUGUACAUCGACAUAAAAUCAAGACAUAAAAAGUUAUUAGUUUUAAAACGUUCUGUGCUCUUAACAAACGGCCCGCUCCAACACUGAACGGACCAUUGAAGUGAUUCUGGCUCGGCGUUGGCCACUGUUUAAAUGACUGUAAAUUUCCUUGCCGGAGUCCUUGGCCAGACGCAUCAGCGACUCAUCGUGUUCACGGGACUGCAACCGCUCGACGGCCGUUUCCAAUUCCACUAGUUCAUCGACAUCAUCUUCCGCUGAUAAAAAAGGAUUUUCUUCCGGAUCGACCUGAUGAAGUUUUGUACAAAAAAAAAAUUAACAUUGCCUUAAAAAACAACAUGAGUGAAAGUUCAAUAAAAAUCAAUAACAAUCGAACCUUGGGUGUGUCUGUCGCAAUGGGGAUGUUGGGAAUGAAGAAAUCAUCUAGACCGCACCAUUUCCGAUCGGGAUAACGCUUGAUACACUUUUUAUGGCAUACUAGUUCGCAGUUGCGACAUUGCAGCGCUUCUCUCAACCAAAUCUGUAAAUGAAAACGAUUGACAUUUAAAAUAGAAAUUGUUUGACCUCUCUCUUUCUCUAAACAAAAUGAAGAUGGGAACCUUUUUCCGGCAGAAAUCGCACAAACGGACGUUUAUGAAUUGAGUGAGGACGAAGUUAUGCAUCGGCAUCGAAUCAUUGACGACAAUAUCGACGGCAGGACGGGCCAUUUCAAUGAGGGGGGAAAGCGGAUGUACUGAAGAUGGAUGAGGUGAAGGGGAGAGUGGAUAAGGAAUUCCAUCAACUAUAUCAGAAUCUAAAUCAGGAGAUGGAGGUUCAUCCUCUUUAUCCGGGCGAUAGACGAAAGAUAAUGAAACAUCUCCAUAGCAGAGGCGAGGAUCGAAUCCCAAUUGCUGACUCGACGGAUUCUGACGACUACACAAACAUAAUAGCUAGAUAAAAAAAAUUCAUAUCACCAAAAUUUCCAAUGACGUACCCCAAACUCGUCUUGACAUCCGCCGGAUACAGCUGAUAGGUAGAUAUGUGGUGACCCUGUGUGUUGAGGUGGCAGUCGGCCGCAAUUUCGGGGAGGUAAAUGUUGACGUGACCGAUCGGGAUAUCUUUGGAGUGCAGUUCUUUGGUUCCACUGGGUUCUUUGGUUUCCGGUUGAUGAAGCGGCGAAUGUUUCUUGAACAAAUUGCUUAAAUUAGACUUGGCAACGGACGAUUUACUCGGACUGGUCGUCGUUGAUGAAGAGGACUUGCUGCUGCUACUUUUCCCGGACGUCGUCUCUUCGACCGCAGGUACACCGGUCAACCAUAUGGACAAGUUGAGAAAGCGGUGGUGGCCAGCUGGCAAUACUUGAAAUUUUAGAGUGUCACCUAAAUGAAUCACCUAACCACACAAGCACAAACAUUACAAAAAACGACCGUGACAUACUUUUUUUCUUUUUAAUAAUUAUUAUCAUUCGGUUUGCUUCAACUAAUUGGAUUACUGACGUCAAUAAACUUGUCUUAAAAACGAAA